CUUGUUUCUUGUUGGUGAGCCCAUGGACAGCCACUUUCCGAACUAGUUAACCUAGAGCCUUGAAAAAGCACGACUGCAGUUCUACAGUAUAAAGCUUUGAGGAGCUGUAGUGUUCAGCAGUUCUGUCGGAAUGGAGUCUAUACUGAGAUAUCUGGACUGGACGUCUGUGGGCUUGGCCCUGCUGGGUGGUCUGGUCUCUCUGGUUCUGCUGGAGAUUUUCAGGUUGAACUCUUUGAGAAGCCGAAACCCUCCUGGACCCAAACCACUGCUCUUUGUGGGAAACAUGCCUCAGUUCAUGAAGGAUCGAAUGGCCCUUAUUAGAUCGAUGCCAAAAUAUGGGGAGAUGUGCACAGUGUACCUGGGAAGGAAGCCUAUGAUUGUGCUGAAUAGCGUGCAGAUUGCAAAGGAAGCUUUUAUUCAGAAUGGAACAAUAUUUUCUGGAAGGCCAAUCAUGCCUGUAACACGAUGGAUCAACAAAGGGUAUGGUAUUGUGAUGGCCACUUACGGUAAUUCUUGGAGACAGCAGCGCCGGUUUGCUCUGCACACUCUGCGUGAUUUUGGACUGGGGAAGAAAAGUGUGGAGGAGCGUGUGGCUGAGGAGGCACGAUACCUCAUCAAGGAGAUGCUGAAACAAGAAGGGAAGGCUUUUUACCCCAGUCACCCUAUCAUGAACUCAGUCUCCAACAUCAUCUGCUCCAUUGUCUUUGGAGACCGCUUUGAGUAUGAUGACAGGCGAUUUGCUAAGCUUCUUGAAAUUAUAAAUGAGAAUAUUCGUUUUUUAGGAUCACCAGUUUCACAGGUCUUCAACUUAAUCCCUUUCAUAAAACACUUCCGGGGGCCACACCAGAAGUUCUGGCACAAUGUACACUCUUUAAAAAAGUUUAUAUUUGAAGAGAUGGAAGAGCACAAGAAGACUCUGGACCCAGAGAACCUCCGGGACUUUAUCGACGCCUACCUGGUUGAGAUGAUCAAGCAAGAGGCAAAUGAAGACUCCACGUUCCAUGAGGAAAACAUGGUGAGGUCAACCAUUGACCUGUUCAUCGCUGGAACAGAAACUACAGCAAACACUCUUAGAUGGGGCCUCAUCUACAUGAUGGACCACCCUGAUGUGCAAGAGCGCUGUCACGAGGAGAUUGUUCGAGUUUUGGGUUUUGACCGUUUUCCCUCCAUGGAUGAUCGUGCAAAGCUUCCUUAUACUCUAGCCACUGUUCAUGAGAUCCAGCGCUAUGCUAACAUCGUUCCUCUUGGUGUGCUGCAUGAGACUACACAAGCAACCAAGCUAAGAGGAUACCACCUUCCACAGGGAACAAUUGUUAUGCCCAACCUUACAGCUAUCAUGGCUGACAAAGACCAUUGGAAGUACCCAAAUACAUUCAACCCAGAGAACUUUCUAGAUGAGAAAGGACAGUUCUGCAAAAAUGACUCCUUCCUACCCUUUUCUCUGGGUCCGAGAGUUUGUCUGGGUGAGACUCUGGCGAGGACAGAGCUCUUCAUCUUCUUCACCUCUCUGAUUCAGCGGCUGAAGUUCUCAUGGCCUCUUGGAGCUCCACCCUCAGACACAUAUGGCGUUGUGGGUGCUGUCCGGUCAAAUUUACCCUUCAAAACAAUCUGCCGCAGCAGGGAGACCAUGCACUGAUUCAGACCAUGUUCAGAAUGUAUCAGCCUGGAGGACUUUAUUUGAUUCACACCUGAUCAGUAUCAUUAAGAGCACAUUGGUUUUCUCCAGGACUUGGGAUACAUGCACUGUAUGAUGUGUGCAUGUAUUUUACAAUUUACUUUGUCACAAUGGGUCACAAUGAGAUGUGUCAUGACCAGUGUUGUGCGUGAACGAGUUCAAAAGAAUGUGUUCAUUGAACACGCUCAUUUUUUCAUGAGCGUUGAACUGAACGCAACACAUUUUUUAAUAAAGAACUUGAACGUGAAUUAGUUCACAUUAUGUGUCAUGAACGUUGGCUAGAGAGCACAGAGCGCGAGGGAGAGAGAGAGAGAGCGUGGAGUGUGAGGACACGAGAGAGAGAGCACGGAUCGCGAGAGAGAGAUACAGAGAGAGAUAGAAAGAGAAAUACCAAUGUCGAGAGUGAGAGAAAGCGCUGAAAUUUAAUAAAAAUGGCUAGUGGAAGUGAUGGCAUGGAGACAGACACCGAUUCUCCUUAUGAACAUUUUCAUCACCUGGUAAGAAACCCACAAUUGCAGUGUCAUGAGCAAAUGUCUACAAUGAGCAGUUUCAAAGAACGUACAGUGAUUUCUAGCUUGUAGUGUGAAAAAAAGUAUUUAUUUAAAUAUCUCACGAAAAAAGUAAAAUGAACUGAACUUUGAAUUAGUUCAGAAUUAAAAUUGUGAACUUUGAACGUGAACUGUUCACAUUGAGCAUGAUGAACUGAACUUGAACUAGUUCAGAAAAGGUGUGAACUGGCACAACACUGGUCAUGACUUUCUUUAAGUAGAACAUUAGAAGAAUAUUUAAGUUUAUAAAAACUGAUUCACCACUAAAAUCGUUCUUAGCAUGUCUGCUGUUGCAAAAACAAAUAAACACACCCUCUGUCUUCAAUAA